GGGCUCCUCCCUCUGCCACCAGUCACCGCGCUUUGGGGUCCCACGCCAAUGGGGGAACAAAUACAACUGGUUGAGGGCUGAGGGACAGGAGACGACAGCCAGCGCGGCUCUAGCGCCUCUACAUUGCUGGGCUAAAGAGAAGCCACUGCGCGCGACGGAGGAGGUGGCCCGGUAGGCCCCGCCCCCUGCGCUGGUGACAUCACUCGAGCGACGCCUGGUUGGAGAGUUUUGCUGGCGCGUUUCUCCCGUCGGCAGCGUGUGUCCCUGUUCCCUUGUCUAUAGGGUUGUAGUGGCGGUGGCCGUCAAGGCCUAGUGCGUGGUGAGGGCUCGAGAGCCGCGGACUGAGACGAGAGCGUUGCAGAAAUUGCUGCAUCAUGCGAAAUCUAAAGUUGCUUCGGACCCUGGAGUUCAGGGACAUUCAAGCACCAGGGAGACCUCAGUGUUUCUCUCUCCGAACUGAACAGAGAACAGUGCUCAUUGGCUCAGAAUAUGGACUGAUAGAAGUAGAUCCUGCGACAAGAGAAGUAAAGAAUGAAAUUCCUUUGGUGGCAGAAGGCUUUCUUCCAGAGGACGGAAAUGGCUGUAUUGUGGGUAUUCAAGACUUGUUGGACCAGGAGUCUGUGUGUGUUGCCACUGCCUCUGGAGAUGUCAUACUGUGCAAUCUCAGCACACACCAGCUUGAAUGUGUUGGGAGUGUGGCCAGUGGUAUCUCUGUCAUGAGCUGGAGUCCUGACCAAGAACUGGUGCUUCUUGCUACAGGUCAACAGACCCUGAUUAUGAUGACAAGAGACUUUGAACCAAUCAUGGAGCAACAGAUACACCAGGAUGAUUUUGGUGAAGGCAAGUUUAUCACUGUUGGAUGGGGCAAGAAGGAGACACAGUUCCAUGGCUCAGAAGGCAGGCAAGCAGCUUUUCAGAUGCCAAUGCACGAGUCUGCCUUGCCCUGGGAUGACCAUAAAUCACAAAUUACGUGGCGUGGGGAUGGACAGUUUUUUGCUGUGAGUGUUGUUUGCCCAGAAACAGGGGCUCGGAAAAUCAGAGUGUGGAACCGAGAGUUUGCUUUACAAUCAACCAGUGAGCCUGUGGCAGGACUGGGACCCUCCCUGGCUUGGAAACCCUCAGGCAGUUUGAUUGCAUCUACUCAAGAUAAACCCAAUCAGCAAGAUGUUGUGUUUUUUGAGAAAAAUGGACUUCUUCAUGGACAGUUUACUCUUCCUUUCCUCAAAGAUGAGGUUAAGGUAAAUGACUUGCUGUGGAAUGCAGAUUCCUCUGUGCUUGCUGUUUGGCUGGAAGAGCUUCAGAGGGAAGACAGUUCUACCCUGAAAAGCUAUGUUCAGCUCUGGACCGUGGGAAACUAUCAUUGGUAUCUCAAGCAAAGUCUGCCCUUCAGUACCAGUGGGAAGAGCCAGAUUGUAUCUCUGCUGUGGGACCCCAUGACACCAUACCGGCUGCAUGUUCUCUGUCAGGGUUGGCAUUACCUGUGCUAUGAUUGGCACUGGACCACUGAUCGGAGCUCAGGAAAUAAUUCUAGUGACUUGGCAAACGUGGCUGUUAUUGAUGGAUACAGGGUAUUGGUAACAGUCUUCCGGCAGACCGUGAUUCCACCUCCUAUGUGUACUUACCGACUGCUGAACCCACACCCAGUGAAUCAAGUCAUGUUCUCUGCACACCUCGAAAAUAGUAAUGACCUUGCUGUCUUAGAUGCCAGUAACCAGAUUUCUGUCUACAAAUGUGGUGAUAAGCCAGGCUUGGACCCCACAGUGAAACUGGGAGCUGUAGGUGGAAAUGGAUUUAAAGUUCCCCUUAAAACACCACAUCUGGAAAAGAGAUACACAAUUCGGUUUGGGAAUAAUGAAGGUGAAGAAGCAAACCCACUGAGGCUCAGCCUUCUCACCUGGAUUGAGGAAGACAUUUUCCUGGCUGUAAGCCACAGUCAGUCCAGCUCACAAUCUGUCAUUCACCGUUUGACUGUGGCCCCCUCUGAGAUGAAUGAGGAGCAAGGACAGCUCAGUGUCAGUUCAUCUGUGGUGGUAGAUGGAGUCAUCAUCAGUUUAUGCUGCAGUUCCAAAACUAAGUCGUUAGCAUUCCAGCUGGCUGAUGGCCAGGUACUCAGGUAUCUAUGGGAAUCUUCCUCUCUGACUGUGGAACCAUGGAAGAACCCUGGUGGAUUUCCUGUUCGAUUUCCUUAUCCAUGCACACAGAUUGAAGUGGCCAUGAUUGGAGGAGAGGAACGUAUCCUUGGUCUAACUGACAGGUGUCGCUUUUUCAUCGAUGACACUGAGGUUGCAUCAAAUAUCACAUCAUUUGCAGUGUAUGAUGAGUUUUUACUGUUGACGACCCAUUCCCAUACCUGCCAGUGUUUCUCCCUGAGAGAUGCUUCCUUUAAAACAUUACAGGCAGGUCUUUGUGGCAGUCCUGUAGCUAAUGGGGAAAUUCUACGGAAAGUAGAAAGGGGUUCCCGGAUCGUCACAGUUGUGCCCCAGGAUACAAAGCUUAUAUUACAGAUGCCAAGGGGAAACUUGGAAGUUGUUCAUCAUCGAACCCUGGUUUUAGCUCAGAUUCGGAAGUGGUUGGACAAACUCAUGUUUAAAGAUGCAUUUGAAUGCAUGAGAAAACUGAGAAUUAAUCUCAAUCUGAUUCAUGAUCAUAACCCUAAGGUGUUCCUUGAAAAUGUGGAAACCUUCAUAAAACAGAUAGAUUCUGUAAAUCAUAUUAAUCUGUUUCUCACAGAACUGAAGGAAGAAGAUGUCACCAAGACCAUGUACCCUCCACCAGUUACCAGCUGCACCCAGAUAUCCAGAGAUCCUGAUGGGAAGAAACUUGACCUUAUCUGCGAUGCUAUGAGAGCAGCCCUGGAGAACAUCAGUCCUCACAAAUACUGCCUGUCAAUACUUACAUCUCACGUGAAGAAAACAAUCCCAGAACUGGAGAUUGUGCUGCAGAAGGUACACGAACUUCAAGCAGGAAAUGUUCCAUCUCUUCCUGAUGCUGUGAGUGCAGAGGAGGCCUUGAAAUACCUGCUGCUUCUGGUAGAUGUUAAUGAGUUAUAUGAUCACUCUCUUGGGACCUAUGACUUUGAUUUGGUCCUCAUGGUAGCUGAGAAGUCACAAAAGGAUCCUAAGGAAUAUCUUCCAUUUCUUAAUACACUUAAGAAAAUGGAAACUAAUUACCAGCGAUUCACUAUAGAUAAGUACUUGAAACGUUACGAAAAGGCCAUUGGCCAUCUCAGCAAAUGUGGACCCGAAUACUUCACAGAAUGCUUAAAUUUAAUAAAAGAUAAAAACUUAUAUAAAGAAGCUCUGAAGUUAUAUCCACCAAAUUCACAGCAGCACAAGGCUAUCAGCAUUGCCUAUGGAGAAUACCUGGUACAGGAGCACUUGUAUGAAUCAGCGGGGCUUGUGUUCUCCCGCUGUGGUGCCCACGAGAAAGCACUCUCGGCUUUCCUGGCUUGUGGCAGUUGGCAGCAAACCCUCUGUGUGGCAGCCCAGCUUCAGCUGACCGAAGACAAGGUGGCUAGCCUCGCUAGAGCUCUGGCAGCAAAGCUGGUUGAGCAGAGGAAACACAGUGAAGCAGCUAUAGUUCUGGAACAGUAUGCCCAAGAUUAUGAAGAAGCUGUGCUCCUACUCUUAGAAGGAGCUGCCUGGGGUGAAGCUCUGAGGCUGGUAUACAAGUAUAACAGAAUGGAUAUUAUUGAAACCAACGUAAAGCCUUCCAUUUUAGAAGCCCAGAAAAAUUACCUAGCCUUUCUGGACUCUCAGACAGCCACAUUCAGUCGCCAUAAAAACCGUUUACUGGUGGUUCGAGCGCUCAAGGAGCAAGAACAACAGGUGAACCUAGAUAAGGAGGCAGCCCAUGGUCCAGAGUCAGACCUCUUCUCUGAAACCAGCAGUGUUGUGAGUGGCAGUGAGAUGAGCAGCAGAUAUUCCCACAGUAGCUCCAGGAUAUCAGCGAGAUCAUCUAAAAACCGCCGCAAAGCAGAGCGGAAGAAGCAUAGCCUCAAAGAAGGGAGUCCUCUGGAGGAUCUGGCUCUUUUGGAGGCCCUGAGUGAAGUGGUGCAAAGUGUUGACAAAUUAAAAGAUGAAGUGCACAGUGUUUUAAAGGUACUCUUUCUCUUUGAGUUUGAAGAGCAAGGGAAGGAAUUGCAGAAGGCUUUUGAGAGUACUCUGCAGCUGAUGGAAAGGGCUCUUCCGGAAAUCUGGACUCUUGCCUGCCAGCAGAGUUCAACCACACCUGUCCUAGGUCCCAGUUCUACUGCGAACAGUAUCAUGGCCUCUUACCAACAGCAGAAGACUUUGGUUCCUGUUUCUGAUGCUGAGAUUUUUAUACCACCAAAGAUGCACAAGAGAAACCAGUGGAAACUGAGCCUGCUAGAAUGACCAGCUUGGUAGGACAGCUCCACAGAGACCACCGUUUGCCACUCACUCCUCAUUGUCCUUCUACCCUUGCUACUUGAGGCCUGGCCAUUGAGAGCGGGGAUGGUCUGCUGCAGCCUUGCCAACAAACAGCUGCUGUGAGCACCAGACUUCAGCUGGCACCAGGCAGUUUUGCUUUUGCUUUUGCUUUGAAUACAUCAUGAUCACUAAUAGGUCUGUUUUAGCCAAAAUAUCACAGUUUAAAAGAAUUGCUGUUUUUAGCUGGGCGUAGUGGGGCAUGCCAAUAAUCCCAGCAACUCAGAGGCUGAGGCAGAAGGAUUGCUACAAGUUCAGCUUGGUCUACACUGAGUUCCAGGCCAGCCUGGGUUACGCCUAAAACACAGAGAGCCCGUACUGUUUUGUAUUUUGUGCUGUUUGAGGUAUGAUUGUUUAUGCUGAUCACAAGAUGAAGUCUCAUUCUCAGCUACGGGUCUGAUUGAUGUUGCAACCUUGGACAAAUCUUGUCAUUGAUUCACUUCCUGUUCAUAAGAAAUGUUUCACGGCUUCUACCUCAGAAAAAUAAGCAAGUGGACUCAGGUUUGUAAGUUGUUGCAUUGCUAGUAGAGUGCAUUGUUUGAAAACAGCUUAGUGCUGCCAACGUUUCCUCAGAGGUGAUUCCUUAACCUGGCAUCUUUUCACCUGAAACUAAUACAGAAUAAAAAUGUCAUCUUGCCAGGUCAUGUGCUGUCUGUAUUAAUCAGGCUGAGCCUCCAGGAGCUACACUGUUGAAGGGAUUGUUUUAUUGUCCCUGUAUAUUCUGCUGGGGAGGUGGGAUGGAUUAGCAUUUCUGACAGUGUCGUGCACUUUACGUGGCAUGCGUGGUUGGAGAUUACCACAUUUUCCUAACACUGCUUUAAACUGAAAUGUUUUUGUCAGUGUUUAGGCAAUCUUACUUUAUUUUUGACAUGUUUGAAACAGGGUCCCCCUGUACCCGCAAGCUGCCUUGGAACUCACUAUGUAGACCAGGCUAGCCAUGAUCGCACAAAGAUCUGCCUUUGUGAGGGACUAAAGGCAGCCACCACUCCCAGUUCUAGGCCAUUUUUUUUUUUUUAGCUUUCUGUUUGGUACUUAACUGACCUCUGCCUCAGUGAGUUUCCAAAAGAGCUUUUAGUUUAUUUUCUUUGGAAAAUAUUAGCCUAUUUUCUCUUUUUGGCAAGUCUGGAAAUAGCUCAGUUUAUUUUGAUAAGAUUUUUGUUUUUAUUCUUUGACAGUUUCAUACAUCUAUAUAAUGAAUUUAGUUGUUUUCAUUCUUACCACCCUCCCUCACCCACCUCCCUCUUCCACUGAAAUCCUUCCCAGGAAGUCCCCUCUUACUUUCACGUCUUCUCGUGCAUGUGACCACUGACUUAAGAGUUGCUUGCAUGAGCACAGGUGGGAGGUUAUUUACUGGAGUGUGAGCAACUUUACUGGGUAUGCCAUUGAAGAAAAUGGCCCCCCCCCCAAAAAAUAGUUUUAUGGCUAAUCCUUAGGUACAGUUAACUAAAGGGGUAUUUGCUGUAUCGACUUUUCUCUGUAUUUGAAAGUUUUUACAAAAUAAGAGAAGACAGUGAACCAAACUUUUGAGCAAUUUGCUUUUUGACUCACACAUCAUGGGUUUGCUACAAUUGAAUACAUACCUUCGAAAGGCUGUAAGUGCUUUGUGACUACUUUCAUGGAUCUGUGAGCAUGGUAGCAGUGCCAUUUUAUUAUACUGGAGUGCUCUUGCUCUGUAUAACAGUAAAGGGAUCCAUGCUGAUGGACUGGAAAUAGAAGUAAAUGUGUGUUGGCAGUGGUGUGAAAUAAUGUUACAACAGCAAGAAUUAAAUUUGUGUUAAUUACUGUC